AUGGAUACACCUCAGGACAAUUUAAAAGCAAUUCUUGAUAAAAUUUCAGCAAUUAAAAAAAUUUAUGAAAACAUUCAAUAUAAUAAAAAUAUAUGUAUUUCAUUAAUGGAUCGCAUUGAUGUUGUGGAUUUUAAUAUUACUAGAAAUUUACAAAGAAAUAAUCAAACAUUUAAUGCUAAAACCCUUAUUCAAAUCCUAAACAGAACGGAAAGAUUUAUGAAUGAUAUCUCACAAUUAUAUAGUUAUAUGGAAACAGGUUCUAAUCAUUUUAGAAUUGAAUUUAUCGCACUUAUUAAUGAGUUUUCAACAAUAUUACAAAAGAUGCCACAAUGGAAAGACAAUGACAAUGCCGAAAAAAUUUUUGAACAUGAUACCGUUGAAAUGACAAAGAUGACGAAGGAUCUUGCUCCCAAAAUCUCAAAUUUUAAACAUUCUCGUCUUUCAGGUAAAGCAUGUACCUAUCAGGAUAUAUCAAAUUUUAAUGAAACAGUACGUUGGAUGGCACCUGAAAUUUUAACUAUCUUGACAUAA